AUGAAUGCCCUCAAGUGCAUCAAGACCCCUGCGGUCUCAGCCCUUGCCGUCGCCAGCCGCAACGUCAUCACCACUCGCUGCUUGUCCUCCACCAUUGUUGUCGCCCAGAACAUCCGCCACGACCUGAAGCAGGCUGUCAACAGAGAAACAACCUGGAGUCAGCACCAAAUUGAAAAGAAGGAGGCGUUCAAGGGUCCUCGCUUCGAGAAUGUGGACAUUAAUGCUCAGCCUCAACCACAAGCCGCUAUUGAUUUGAUUGCCGAGGUUCCUAUCCGCAUGGUCGAGGGUCGCCGUGCAAAAUGUGAUGGAGGUGGAGGAUCCUUGGGACACCCUGCUGUCUGGAUCAACUUGGAUCGCCCAGGUGCCCAUGCAUGCGGCUACUUUGUAUUGUGA